AUUGUCAGACGAAGAAGGGAAGAUCGAUCGUUGAAAAGAAUCGCAUCGCGCUAAUGACCAUUUGAAAUUCCCGCCGGAAUCGCGCGCCGCUAAAAUCAAUGCGAAAGGCGUUCGGCGACAAGCCGAGCAGUGAAACAUCGUCUGCAAGUGAGGAGGCAGGAUCUCCAUUGGAGCCUUGCGCCUCUCUAUUUUCGUAUAUAAUAUUCGCCCGCAUUAACAGAGCAGGGAAAGUUAUGUGAAUAAAUAAAAUUUUGAGUUGAUAAACGGGAUAAAUAAAACAGAAAUAUGCCGUCGCAGGACGACAUGGACCUCUGCACCGACAAAGUACUGUCCAAAGACCGAAUCCUGCAGGAGCUGACCAAGGCUGUCAAAUUGGUAUACGCUCAGAGCCUGCACGGUACUGUGGUCCUGGACGGUGAUUCCUGGUUGGUUUAUUGGUUAGACCGGGCCUUGAGACACGGAUUGCGCGUAGAAAGGCACGGAUAUUGGGGAACAGCAAGGGAACUAAGUCACCAAGACACCGUUGUGGUGAUACAUGCGUUGCAAAGCGUACUAACUUCCAUUGGAAAAGGUAGAGCCUGGCUGUACCACACUCUGAGUGAAGGAAGUUUUGAGAGUUACUUAGCCUGUCUUUUGAGAGACGUUAAAACACUCCAGAAGCAGUAUUUCACCCACGCCUUGGUUCGGGAUGUCGACAAAACAAUACAGCUUGUGAAUCUUCUAGCUGGUCUUGAAAAUGUGUCGUUCACAUUGCAAUUGGAUGUCACGUAUUUGGAUAUCUGCAACUACAUGCCCCAGCGGCCUAUGAGCGGCUCUCCUUCUGGAACUGCGUUAUCUCUUCACCUCAGAUCAUCGAGCGUAUCUUCGAGUCUUGCUUCCCCGGGAGAUAGUGGUGUUGCUUUCGAUAGCGACAUGGAUCCGGCUAACGAAACUGAUGUUAGUAGUUACAAGGAGGAGGAUUCUUCCGUCGAAGAUGUUCCCAAGUAUCGUCACAACAAGUGUAAAGUCUUUCCGGGUGAUUGCGGACAUGAUAAUAAAACAAUGGAGCAAACGUCUUCCUCGAGCGACUCAAGUGAGGAUGGUAAAACCCCUAUUCAGUGCCCAGCGAUGGUAACGAAAUUUCAAAAGGGCAUAAUGACGAAACGUGACAUAGCUAAUCGGAAUAUGAAUAAACUUGAAGAAAGCGAACUAAACUGCUCCAGUCUAGAUACUCUGAAGGACUUCAGUUUCUACAGCAAAAGUCUGGAUGAUUCGAAGCUUGACAAAGUAGGGAAUAAUGAGUUUGAAAAUAACGCCAAAGAUCUUAACAAAAGAUACAGUCUCUAUGGGGAUGGUAGCUACUGUUUCAAAAAAAAUAUAGAUCCUCGAAAUUCGUACGUCAUAAACAAUGACACUAAUCUUUUGGAGCUGAGCAUGACUAUAUCAGACUGCGACAAUACAGAAGCACCUUACAGCAUUCUCAACACGAUAAACAUGACGGACAGCAGCAUAAUGUCGUCAUCUGGAUCGGAUCCCGUGGUGCAACGAAGGCAGCGCAAAAAGAAGCGCAGCGAUACUAAAAAACGGGUUAGCUUUCACGAAGAUAUACUGAAGACUAUGAAGCUGGAGGAUGAUGAGAACUAUGCAGAUUUUUCGAUGAGCUUCUUGCCACCUAAUUCCGUGCAGAAAAAGGACGUACAAAAAGGUCGUUACAGCUGGUGCGGUCACGGAGACUCGCCUUACGUACAAAAAAAUAUAAUCACGCGAAAUGCAAAUUCGGAUUAUUAUUCGUCGGCAUCGUCUUUGAGCACGUUUGAAAAUGAUAGUGAAAAGAAAUUGUUUCCACCGAAGAUGUGCAGCGAAGCGAUCUGCCAAAAGAAUUCCAAGUGCAGUUGCGAUUUGUCUUUGAUCGAACGUGGAGCACCGGAGGGUCAAGAAGAUCCGGGAAAAAAUUUUAGACCCAAGAUCGAGAUUGAACUCGAAGAAAACGAAGCACAGGAGGCUUACAUAGCCGAAACUCAAUGCGGUAACAUUAUUGAAGAUGCUCUGUCAAAAGUUGAGAUGGAGAAUAAGCUCAAUCAGAAAAAAUACGCAGGCUCCAGUGAUUGGUCUGACUUAGACAGCACGACGACAUCUACGGAUAUCGACGAUCGUAGAAAUAGCAGACAUCUUUCGUCUCCGUUAAAAAAACGUAACAUCACUGCGAUACUACCGGGCGAUGCCAACAAAUUGGCGACGUCGCAGCCCCUGCGUCAAGCACCGUCGAAAAGCUCGCUGCUCAGCAGAUUUUUAAGAUCCGUUACGGAGCGUAAAUUUGAAUCAAAGAAAGCCAAGAAGCCGCCGAAGGCAAAUCCGCUCUAUAUCAAAGGAGUGAAAGCUAAUCAAGAAUCAGUCAAGGAUUUUAACGAUAAUCUCGAGAAAGAGAUUCAAGAAAACAUUGCAGCUGAAAAGCAGGAGUUUAGCGGCGAGAAAAUAGGGCUGAAACUUAGAGAAACCUUCAAGCGGCAUAUAUACAGAGAUAAAACUGAAGAACUCUACAAGGUCUACAAAGUCAGAAGUUCUUACAUGACCAACGGGGAAAGUAAAGCUAUGCUGGCAUUGCUCACGGAUAAAACACUGUAUUUGACUGGAUCAAAGCUUGGUCAUUCUUACAGCAAUCAAUUUGUUAUUCCAUACAACGAGCUCGAUGUAAUUAUGAUUGGACCAAACGCACAAACGAUACUGAUAUCAAACGCCGAUUACGAAAUGCAGUACUUGUUUUCAACUGGAUGCUCACAAACUACAUCAGAACUAGUCGCACAUUUAGAAAUGGCCAUGCGUCGUUCACCAUCAAAACCGCAGCUACCAGCUGUCAAGGAGUUGAGAUAUGAGGACAUGCAUACUCUACGCCACGCAGUCCUUGAAGAGACAGCUGUACAUCCUGAUGAGAAAAUCGAACACUACAGUCUCAUAUACAUGGAAGACGAACACAUGUCACCUCCGAGUACGCCUUGCGGUCCGAUGAAGGAAGGUCACCUGAUGUUCAGACCCCAUACCUAUCAACCAAUGUAUCCCAACGCUCCGAUUAACCCCUGGGAAGCUGGAUACUUCGUUUUAAAGGGUGGAGUUGUCUACAUGUUUACCGACUCAAAUCAACGACUUCCAAAACGCGCAAUUCCAUUGAAAGGUGGCCUGUGUCAAGGGUGCAGAAGAAUUCCAAACUCGCACAGGCCUCACACGUUUGAAAUACUUCUCAAACCAAACAAGUCUUUUCAAUUCGCCGCACCCGAUGAAUAUGUUGCCUCGGAAUGGCUUCAAAGUUUCGUACAAAGUGCCUCGGGUCUUUUCGACAGUUCGGAAAAGAAGGAACCCUUGCCGUGCAGCCUAAUAGCUACGACAAGGCAUUUAAUCGCGAUGAAGGAAGCCUUUCCUGGCACUCAGAGGGGACAGACACUCUCGUGUGCUUGCGUGCAAGAUUUGACAGCUUUUCGCGUACCAUUAGCUCAACAAUCGUGGUGUAUUCUGGAAUUCGCCUGCCGAGAAGUUCACGAAAGCAGUGGCGAUUGGGUUAUUUAUUUUACCAACUAUACAGAACUGUGCACUUUUCGAGAAGUACUUCAAACCCUGUGGGCAGAUGCAAAUAUGGGAGACUUUCCUAUGGUUACACUUCCACCUCAAGAUAAACUUCAUCGCCGUUGCUCAGAUGCGAGUAAAGACCUCGAGUUGGCUUGGCAACAUCUGCUACCAAUGGUGACCGAGUAGCGUGUAGAUAUACUCCAGAGUAAAAAUAUUUAACAAACCACGAUAUUUCAGAAUCAUACAAUUCUGCAAUUGCUUUUACGGCUUUACAUUGAUGAUCAGAGUAUUCGGUACAGCACACGAAACACACGUAAAAAAAACUUGGUUUAUCAAUAGAAAAAAGAAGGGAGACAAAUAUUGACACAUUCAUCACGAAUGAAAGCGGAAAUUGAGGUCUGUUUUGUGAUUUAUUUUUAUGUGAAAUAAUUUGAAAAACAAAAAAAAAAAACUCACGUUAGAAUUCUCGUUAAAUUAUAUCUUUAUUUCUAUGUAGUGUAUUGGCAUAGUAUAAAUACAAAGUCCAUCUGAUAUAAUUGUCUCAACAAAGUAGUAAGCUUUCAAUAGUUUUAAUAAUUAUUCAAUAAGAGAAAUCGUUGUUUACCAUAGUCAACGGGUUAAUUUAUUUGCAGGCAACUAUUGAACGAUUGGAAAAUUAAUUGCAGCUACUAGCAACUAUAGUACCAGACUGUAAUUAUUUAUUUUGAAACGGUAUCAGAGAUUUCUGAGAACUGGGUACUUUGAUAGAAUGAAAUAAUUUUUAUAAUUCAUUAUUUAUUCACCAUACACCAUAUUCAUCGCUGUGAAACAAAAUUAAGAUAUUUUGUAAAAUGUUCUGACUCCCGUUAAUACAAGAAUCCUAGAGUCGCAUGUUAGAUGGUGUUCGUAAUUAUAUUUUCAUGUACAAAGUAAAGUGAAAGGAAGUUUUGGCACACUGUUAGAAAGAAGCGAAGAUUCUCGUCUCGGAAAAUACAGUUGGGCUGUCAUUUAAAGGGAUAAGAGAAACUAAGUUAACCCUAAUGUUUUUAUACGUGAAGUUAUUAAUCCAGUGCAAUAUUUUUUAUUUAUUUUUCUGCAAAACACUAAAGAUAAUAAUCCGUAUUUCAAGCUCUAGAGAAGAGUGUACAAGCUGGCAAUUGUAAAUUAAUUAUCAUUACCAAUAAUGCAAUGAGUGUCUAUAUUAUGUACCUAUACUCACCCUUAUACUCAAAGAAUUAUUUAAAUACGCAUUUUAGUCGGAAGUCUUUCAAGCAACUCGUCAUGAUAAUAAUAAAUAUUAAACAUCACAAUGCUCGAAGGAGAUAUAUUCAACAACUUUAACAAAGAUAAUACUCUAUAUUAUACAUGAUGCAUAACUAUAAUAAUUACAUGUAGAGGCGUAUAAUUAACAUUAGUACAACAUGAAUACUAACAUUCCUAACACAGUACAUAAUGUUUUUUAUCGGUUUAUAGUAGUUUUCAUUGUUAUUUGAGAAAAAAUCGGAAGCAAAAUCUUUAGCGUAGUUAAUUGAUUCAUAAAAAAGCGAGGCUACAAAUAUGGUUGUGUUUAAUUAAUUGUAAAUUCAUUUUUUAUUAUCUUAAAACGAAAAUCAAUAAUUUGAUAAUCAAUUGUUUAUUUAUAAUUUUUAAUUUACGGGUACAGUGGAGAAUAGUAAAAUGUAUUAUAUGUAAUAAGGUGCUUCAAUUGUUUUAUAAUUAUCACAUUAUUGUACCGCUGCGUCGAAUUUAUCAUUUUCAACAACAUACCGAUUAAUUGCAUAAUUUCAGUAAUUAUUCAUUAUCUAUUCAAGUUAGGAAACAUAUGUCUUAAAUGUCUCCGCAGUUACGAAAACGCCUUAUUUUUAAUAAUAGAAAAGUUUUGGUGAAAUUGGGUGAAAUUUUGUCAGCGAUUUGUUAUCAAUUUAUAAAUCGUACGGCAAAAACAUCCAUUAGUCAACACGCUUGACAGAAAUGUGAUCGGAAUAUAGGUUUACGAUACGACGUUAAGAUUUAAACAAUAAUAGUUGGUAAUUCAGAGUAUACAUAAAUCAACCAAACUAUACCUAUAAAUAUCAAGUAUUUGUGAUCAUCAAGAAAUAUAUACCUAUACAAUGAUUAGGAGUAUGUUUGCAUAAGGAGUAUCGAAAUUUGUUUGUAAAUUUUGUUUCAUCGUCUGGAUGGAAUGUGUCAAAAGAUACUUAUCUUAUCUUCACACAAACUGUUCAAAAUUAUAAUUCAAGACUCCAAAUAUAUUCUGUAAAGAAACAAAGUUGAAUUAUAUAAACUAGUCAAAUAAG